CGCUCACAGGGAGCGCUACAUGAACAUCGAGCAAAGCUACAGCGACAGCGAAGGUGACGAGGGCGAGGAGGAGCUCACGACCGAGUUGACAGUGGUUUAUGAGGAGCGUCGAGAGGAAGGAGGUGGUGAAGAGUCGGAUGAUGGCGAGGAGCUUCCAGCGGCCUUGAAAGAUCCAAGGCUGCUGGAAAUUCGUCUCAACCAGGACUUGGUCGACUCGAGGGACGUGGAAGAAGUUUUGGAGACGAUCGAGAGGGUCAAAGGAAGGUUUGGAUUGAGCGCCAUCAACGUCGCCACUGCUCUUCACAGGAUCGCCAAGCAUAUGGUGACGCUGUCCAUGUCCGAGAGAAGAAGGCUCAAGUACGCCAAGCAGUGUGACGUGUUGCUCGUUGCUUCGGCUAUGGAGCUUCUUCCGGAAUGCAACGCACAGGGCGUCUCCAACAUUGCCUAUCUCCAAGAUUGGAGGCCACCUUCUUUACCGCGGAGAGAUGGAGAUAAUCGCUCGAGCAGCACUGGCGAAGGUUGACGAGUUCAAUCCCCAGAACAUUGCCGGAGCCUUUGCUUCCCAUGCAGCACAGCUCGCCCGCACUCUUUGAGAAGCUCAUGGACGCUGCGAGCAGAGUUUCCAAGGAGUUUCGAGCACAGGAACUGGCCCAGCUUCUUUGGUCGUUCGGGUCCAUGGCUCGGCCUCUGGAUUCUUUCCUGGACUCAUCGGCUUUUCAGCAAGAACAAGGUUCUCCAGAGCUCGGUGAAGAACAGUUCCAAGAGAAUCUUUCUCCGGGAAGCUAUCGAUCGAGCAGCUCUCGAGCAUCGUGUGGUCUUAUGCUGUUCUCGGCCAACUCCAGGGUCCAUUCUUCGCUCACGUUUGCAAGGAGAUACGCGCGUUUGAGCAGCUGGAACAGCACAAGCAUAUACACAGCUAUACCAGGUUGUGCUGGCCUCGAAGAGGGAAGGGAAGGAUUUGCAGCUUGGCGGGAUAGAGAAACGGGCUGCGGGUGCCUGGGAAAAGGAGAGAAGCUCUCGCAAGUCCACUUCCUUCUUGCAAAAGGAUAUUGAGAGGUUCUUGGUGUGCACUGGAAGGCAGUGGAUCCUCGAGUACGUUGAUGCGGAUUACUCCCAUGAAGGGCGGUAAAGUUGCGAUCUAGGUUAACGGGCCAUUCAAAAGGUUUUUUCUUUUUGUGAUAGGAGAACUUCUGGGACACACUGUUUUGAAGCAUAGAUUGCUGGGGGCUGCUGGAUGGAAGAUUAUCUCUGCUUCCUAUGCUGCGUGGGAGAACUUACAAGGAGAGUCGGAGCACGUUGACUUCCUACACAAGCUUCUGGCUCCUCACAUCCGUCAAAUAGAGCGAGUGAGCGAGCAGUGUGACCACUUUCACCUACCAGUUUCGAGCCAGAAGUAACUCGUGAUUUAUAAACCAGGAAAUUUCCCACACCAGAAAA